AUGUCGCUCCCGUUCAAGCAUCACGGCCUGAAGGGCGAGAUCGUGAUCACGGUCAAGGUCAAGGUCGCGUGGGGACGCGUCGCGGAGUUUCUGCGCGUCAUGCGCGAGGACGCGCUCGAGAGCAGGAAGGAGCCCGGCUGCGUGUGCUUCCACGUCUCCGCGCUGGAGGGCGAGAGGGAGUUCAUGUUCUACGAGGUGUACAAGAACGAGGCCGCGGUGACGAAGCACAAGGAGACGCCGCACUACGCGAAGUGGGACGCGUUCAGGAAGAGCCGCGACAAGGAGGGCGUCGUCGCGAUCGAGAGCGAAGAGAAGGUCAUCGCGACGGGGGUGUACAUCGACGCGGUCCCGGUGCUCGGGCCGCUCGUGGGACGGCCGUGCAACGGGCCGCUGGACGCGCCGGGGUUGAUGAAGAAGUGA